AGGUCGAGGACGGUUGUACUGCGAUCGCAAGUUCAAAUCCGUCAAGAUCAAGAGGUGGAGUUGACUGGGGGAGUGGAAUCGAAGUGGAGGAGAUGGUCGCAGAGGGGUCGCCUUUCUCUUCCUCCUCUCUUUGAGGGGAGAGCAGCUGGAUGCCUGAUCGAGCGGGGCCAUCUUGGAGUUCGGCGACGGGCGAAGCGUCGCCGGGUGGCCGUCGGAGAGGUGAUAGGGAUCUGAAGAAUGUGGUCGUCAAGAUCGGCAUCGCCAUUAUGAUUUCGUUCUGUGGAUUCGCUUUCUCCCGGUUUCGGGUCCGCUUCCGCCGCUCGCCUUCUCCUCGAGCCUCGUCCUCAGCAGCUGGUGCAGGUACGGAACUUUGCGGGGAGGACAGCCGGGGUUGCCUUGAAGAUGACUGUCGUAACCUCAAGAUAUCCACUGACAUCCCUAGCGCCACUGAAGUCAUGGUGGGAUUGUCUCCUACCAGUACUAGCACAGAUGAAGGAGAGUGCUUCCUGUUGCCCGAGUUUAAUGAUUUCGUGAAACAAGAAUUUGAAGUGGCCACUGAGAAAUUGGAAAUCACGCUGAUCACAAAUCUUAGGGAGAUGGUUUUGUCUCUCCAGGAGAGGGAGAGGAAUCUUGAGCUUCAAUUGUUAGAUUAUCAUGUAGUGAAAGAGCAAGGAGCCGCUGUUCAAGAGCUUGAGAAUCGGUUGAAGAUCAAUGCAACGGAGGCCAAGAUGUACAUGUUAAAGAUUUACUCUUUGCAGGCUGAGAACCAGAAGUUGCGAGCUCAAGUGGAAGAGUACUCAAGUGUGAUGAAAGAGCUCGAGGCUGCAAGAACUGAGAUGAAACUUCUGGAGCAUAAUUUGAAGAUUGAUCAGGAUCAAGCAAAAGAGGCAUUGGCCGUCCUUCUCCAAAAGAUCUGUUUUUUGAAACAAAUGGGGCAGAAGAAUGCAGAUGCUGCUGCACUGGUCGAAAGGAAGUUGAAUAGGUUGUACAAUCUGGAAGGUGAGACUAUGGAACUCAGGAUGAUCAAUUCUAGGUUGUCAAAUGAGAUUUUGAACCUGAAAAGGGAGUUAGAGUCUACACAAACAAUUGCAUCUCCAGUUGAGACUGUAAUGGAGGAAGCAUUGGAGGAAGUCAAUCACUUGAGGAAGGUGAAUGAAAAAUUGAUGAUGGAGAUAGAACAGCUACAAACAGAUAGGUGUACUGAUGUUGAGGAGCUGGUGUAUCUUAAGUGGAUUAAUGCAUGCUUAAGAUAUGAGCUGAGGAACUAUCAGCCAGUUACAGGAAAAACUGUUGCAAGAGAUCUUAGCAGGAGCUUGAGUCCCAUGUCAGAAGAGAAGGUCAAACAGCUCAUACUGGAAUACUCCAACUUGGGAUCUGAUGAGAGAGGUUUAAAUAUUCUUGAAACUGAUUCUGAGUUUUCUUCUUCUUCACAAACAUCUACUGAAGAACCAGAAGAUAGAUCAAUUGAUGCCUCAUCUUCAACAAGAUAUAGGACCUCAAGAAAAGCGAAGUUUAUCAGCAAACUUAAGAAGAUAAUGCUGGGAAAAGGCAACUGGAUCAGCAGAAUUUCAGCAAUAGAUAAAACAAGCUUUGCAAAUUCAGAAAGCAGAGGAUCUUUCUCCACUUGUUCUUUGGAUGAUGUAAUGCGAACAGAUUCAUACGAUAGCGUAUCGUUUAUGAAAGAUGAAACUGCCGCUGUAAAUUUACUAGCAGAAUUGGAUGCACGGACAACUGAAAGCAAGCAUGGUAAAGAUCCUACCCGUCAAAUUAACUCUAGGCUCUCUCUUGACUUGCAAAGCAUACAGAAGCUCGAUCUGGAAGAAUCAAGAGAGGAAAAAGAUACCAGCAUCCAUGAGAAAGCUGAAUUAAAGAAAUUUGCAUAUGCUUUGAGAGAUGCGAGAGGGAUGCCCAAAUUGAAGAGAAGAUCAUCAUCCUGUAGAUACUAAUGCCUUACUUUUGAUCAGGUUACUUUAGUUACGCUCUCAUACAGGAACCAACGAACUAAAUUUUGUAAAUUUUUUUCUUUCCACAUGAUGGACAAAAUAUGAUAAAUGUAAUGCAGUUUUCAUGCGAAAGUUGAGAACACGACUUCUAUUGUUCAUACA